AUGAAAUAUUUUCAAGUAUGUUCUCUUACUGAUGAAAAUGCAACAGUUGGAUCAAUAGGAACAUUUUGUGGAAUCAUCUUUUCAAGUUGGAAUAUUUUAUGUGAUAAUCUCAAUCCAUAUUCUGAACCUUGUCCGUCGGGCUAUUCUAAAUAUUCAUGGAAUACGGGUGUGUAUGACAUUACUCUCUUCACAUGUCAAAAGGAUAAUACAUCUUCAAAUGAUCGUCCAGGCACUCUUUGUGGUUUUUAUUCAAAUCAGGAUGAGGGUAAUCAGGUGCCGUGUAAUGGUUAUUAUCCUGGUCGAGGAAAAUGUCCGCGAGGCUAUACAUUGCGUGAGGAAACAAUUACAAACGUCCAUACACUUCGCCUUUGUGUGAAGGAUUAA